AUGCGCCAACAAUUCAUACUGGGCGGGGCUGUCGCCGCAACACCUCUCGGUAAGGCAAAGCCUUCACCUUCCUCGGUCCCGAUUCCGCGGACAACGCUUGCGAUACCCCGCCGGACGGUCUCGGAGGCGCAAAGGGCGCCAGCCGAGACAGCGCCGCACCCUCCACGCCCGCUCGCCACCGUCCGCCCACCCCCCACCGAGCAACCAAUACCCGGACCCUCCUCUUCUCCCUCUAAGAUUGGCCCUAGUUCUUCGAGCGCGCGGUUCGCGCUCCCGCGAGUGACCGCCAAGGACUGGUCAGCAUCGGACCUCUGUUCGAAAUACGCAAGCUUCGAGCAUGUUGAUCGUGUAUCCGCACUCGCCAAACCCGAAGUACUGUCCAAGGCUUUGGAGAAGUAUGAGCGUGAUGGGAUACCCUUGGUGCUUGAAGAAUGGGACCAGCAUCCUAACUGGCCGAAGGACAUCUUCAGCCUGGAAUGGCUGCUUCAAACCUCCGGCGAUAAAUCGAUCUACGUCCGGAACAUGCAUGAUCGACGCGACAAGUCGACGACUCUGGCCGAGUUCGUGCAACUAUCACGGUCGCAAUCCGUUUACGCCACCCCCGGAGAAACCGAGCGGUGGUACUGGAAGGAUGCUGACUGCCCGCCUGAGUGGCGUGAUUGGCUCUUCAAAUCCAGCGAAAUUCCGACCAGUGUGCUACCUAGCUCGCCGGACAACUACCUCAAAUACCUCUCUCCCUCGGAAGCCGUUGAGUCGCUACUGUGCUACAUGGGUAUCGGCGAUACCUACACGGCGGCACACAAGGACCUGUGCUCCUCCUCAGGCCACAAUUUGAUGUGCGUGUCGGAGAACAACGGCCGGUCGUUUUGGUUCAUGACCGCCGCCGCCGACGCGCCCGCUGUCGCGAAGUACUUCCACAAGCAGCUCGGGCAGGAUCUCGAUUGGGAGACGCACGUCACCACACUCGAGGAGCUCGGCAGGGCUCCCUUUACCGUCUACGUCGUGGAACAGAAGGUUGGAGACCUAGUCCUUGUUCCACCACGCAGCUGCCAUCAGGUGGUCAAUUCUGGCGGGCUCGCGAUGAAGACUAGCUGGUCUAGGAUGACUUUGGAUAAUCUCAGGACUGCGCUCCAUUGCGAGCUUCCGAUCUACCGCAGGGUCUGUCGACCCGAACAGUAUCGGGUUAGGACCGUCCUGUACCGCUCGAUGCUGCAUCUCACCGAGGCCUUGCAAACCGCCUUCACCCCUACGCGCACGCCCAAACCGGACGUGCGCGAACGCGCGCGGAAGCUCAAGCGAAUCGUGCGGCUCUUCGACGAGGUCCUCCGCGACGAGUUCGCAGCCUGUCACGCAAAGCUAAAGCGCGUCCUCCACGACGAGACGGCAAGGCCAAGCUUGGUGAACGGACUGAAGAUCAUACUCCAGCCGCAAACCGCCUCCAAGGACCAUCGUGACAGCGACCGCGCGGCGUCGUGCAACCUUGCUUGCGACUUCUGCGGCGCCGAUAUUUUCCAGAGUUUCUUCGAGUGCAAGGAAUGUCGGACGGCGGAGGACGAGACCGCGCCGCAACCGGGCGAUGGGCUUCUGAUAUGCCCGGCGUGCUAUGUUGAAGGCCGGAGUUGCGACUGUGGGCAGAUGGAGCCGAUGCAGACCAGGCGCUUCGACAUGCUGUUCUCCGACCGCAACGAGGCUGCGAGGGCUAUCGCUGCCGCGCUUCCUUCUGGGAAAUCUCCGCCAGAGGCUGAGGAGCCGAAGUAA